GUAAAAAUAUUAUUCAUUGAGUGCAUGAACCAUAUUUUACAGGAAAAUCUGGUUUUAUUUUUAUGACAUGUACAAAAUCUACAGCGAAAAUUAUUCCGAAGCUUCUAUUUUUUCUUUGUACUUUCGUUUUUUGUUAUUACUUUUUAAGUAAAGUCGGUUAUCUUUUUAUUUAUUUUUACAUAUUUCCGUAGCACAAUCAUCUGAUAAAAGUAAUGAAUCAAUUCUCAGAAUAGUGUUUAACCGUUAUCAACUUAAUAUCUAAUUAUCACGCAUAUCCAUUAG